GCUGGUUCUGCGAUACUGUCACCUUUCGUGUACUGUGUGGUCAGCAGCAACCUCGUGGUGUUGUGGAAAUUUGUGUGUGACAUUUUCCAGAGUGUAGAAGCGAUGGACCAGGAGCCAACUAAGUGGAUAAAAAAAGAGGAAACUCAUGAAGUACAAACUGAGUUACACUUCAUAGCCCAAGAUUAUGCAUGCAGCAUGAAUGUAAAAGAAGAGUUGGAGGAGUGUGUGAAUAAAGAGUUUCUUGAAGACCCAUUAAAGGCUGGCGACCCUAGUGUUUGCGUAAAGCAAGACCCCGAACUGAAACACUGUGCUGCUGGAUCUGAGCAUAAUUCGGUUGAAGAUCCAUUGGGAAUAUCUUUGUCCACUGAUUUUAUCAAGGAGGAUCCUGAAUUAAAUAUAACUGAGAAUACUGUGGAAACCUCAAUAAGAUGUGCAUCUGAUAGUGCAAGGUGAAAUAAAUUUACCAUUUCUAGAGGUGAAAGUGUUGGCGAAACAAGGAGAAUGCACUUACAGAGC